AUGUUGAGACGUCUUGGCGUUAGGCUACAAUCCAGUGUGGCUAAAGCACUACCUGUUAAUGUGGAAGCAGUUUAUCAUGCUCCUUUGAAACUGCCUGUUGAACAUGGUGACUUGGUCGCUGAUUUGCAAUUGCGUUCUUACGAUAAUGAGAAUCUCGAUUUUUACUCGGAUUUCAUCCUCAGGGCAGGUUACUACCUAGGUAUGCCAUUGACUGGGCCAAAACCACUCCCCACUAGACGUGAACGUUGGACUGUGAUACGGUCGCCAUUUGCACACGCCAAAUCGAAGGAAAAUUUUGAAAGACACACACAUAAGAGACUUAUCAGAGUCUGGGACUCAAAUCCUGAUGUUGUUCAAAUAUGGCUUUCGUAUAUUUCUAAGCAUGCAAUCACCGGGGUUGGUAUGAAAUGUAAUGUUUAUCAAAAAUCCCCUAUCGCACUGGAAUUGGAUUCUGAUGCUGCUUUACCUCAAAAUAAUACACCGGCAAACUCGAUGGACGAAGCUGUCGGUGAUAAAGUGCUUGAAUUGCUCAAUAGUCCCGAUUUCAAGAGACAUCUGUGA